UUCUGUGGGGCAGAGAGCAAAGGGGACACGCUGAAGCGGAUGAAAGGGGAGUGAGGGGAAACACUGCAGCGCGGAGGAGAGGCGUGCCAACAAUCAACGAUUCUGGACGGGAGCGCGUCUCGGAGAACGCAUGGCAACGCACCGGAUCAAUUACGCAGCGUCACGGAGCCGCUGCGAGAGACUAGGGCCUCCCUGAGGUGUUGCCCAUUUGUGCAGCUGUUUAUUCUGCCCCGAUUUAUGCGGGCUGAGCUGGGAGUCUCGCGCAGGGACAGAGUCCGGACGGAAUGCAGGGCUUGAGCUCCAGGGCGCACGCCUUCUCGGUGGAGGCGCUGGUCGGGAAACCCUGCAAGAGGAUGAAAGUGUCAGAGAGGACCGGAUCGAGUUCAGAUGGAGACGCUGAUGGCACCGACCAACAUUCCACCAAGCAGACUCAGAAGGCGGAUUCCGCUCUGAGGAGGCCCGAUGACACUUCCAUUGACCCGCCCGGACAGACUGACAGACCCGCAUCAGAAAACUCAGAACCGACCAGCGAGGACAGCGACUGCCGGUCAGACAGAGAGGUCCGUGUGGAGCUGCAGGGCUCCGAACUGUGGAAGAGGUUCUACGAGAUCGGAACCGAGAUGAUCAUCACUAAAGCUGGCAGGAGAAUGUUCCCAUCCGUGCGCGUCAAAGUGCGCAAUCUGGAGCCUUGCCAGCAGUAUUACAUCGCCAUGGACGUGAUGCCCGUGGACUCCAAACGCUACAGGUACGUGUACCACAGCUCGCAGUGGAUGGUAGCGGGAAACACGGACCACUCCUGUAUUUCUCCGCGGCUCUACGUGCACCCGGACUCGCCGUGCACAGGGGAGACGUGGAUGCGUCAGGUCAUCAGCUUUGACCGAGUCAAACUCACCAACAAUGAGAUGGACGAUAAGGGACAUAUCAUCCUGCAGUCGAUGCAUAAGUACAAGCCGCGUGUGCACGUCAUCCGGCACGACCCGCGGAUGGACCUGUCUCAGAUCCGGUCCCUGCCUGCCGAAGGCGUGCACAGCUUCUCCUUCCUGGAGACCGAGUUCACCACAGUGACCGCCUACCAGAACCAGCAGAUCACAAAACUGAAGAUCGACAGGAACCCCUUCGCCAAGGGCUUCAGAGAUCCAGGAAGGAACAGGGGGGUUCUGGACGGCCUGCUGGAGUCCUAUCCCUGGAGGGGCCCUCUCAGUUUGGACUUGAAGCCUUUUGCGAUUCAACUCCAAGGCAGCUCGGGUUCGGGCGGCGUGAAGAGCCUUUUCCCUCUCUCCUCGUCUCCGGCUCUCCUCCCACACUUUGGCCUCUCCUGCCAGGACGCUGCCCUUCACACCCUGGCUCUUCCACUCUACGGCAAAGCCACCGGCGUUUCCACGCCGGGUGGUGAGGCCUUCCUCCACGCAGAGAAGCAGAGGAGCUUCCCCCCGCUGCCUCCCCUCUCAGACCUCCCGCUCCUCUCAGCUCUCCAGGGGAGGAAACCUUGCCCUCACAGACAUCCGGGGAGCCUCCCCCCUCUUUACAGCUCCCACUUCCUCCCCGAUCUCACCGAAGCUUCAGGCUCCUACUGCCUUUACCGCUACAGCCUCCCCCUGAGCCCCCAGCUCAUUUCCCGGCACCCCAAACUAGCCGAGGACACCUCAGACUCUCUGCUGCGCCAGUUUCCAUGGCAGCUGACCACCAACCACUGCCUCUGACAGCUGGACCGCACUCACGGGCAGAACACGCCAGCAAAACACGCUCAUGCUCAUGCAAAGGAGAAAUGUGACUGUGGGAAGGAUCUUUUAAAUUUUUACAAAUGGGGGUUUGGAGGACCAAAAAAGAAAAAAUAACCAGAAAAUCUUUUUAGGCCGUUUUUAUUUGGACUUUUACUGAAUAUUUGCUGUGAAAUUUUAAUUUCAAAUGAUCUCUGAAGGCUUAAGUUGCUGAAGAACCAGCUGUAAAACCAGAAUAAUGUCACAUUAAAAACUCAAAGAAAAACAUUAAGUGCCUAUUAAAGGAUUUUUAUGUUCUUGGUACCAAAAAAACAGUUGGUAAAUGUUUUUUAAUGUAUUUAUGAACCCUUUUAUAGCAUCUAGAGGAGCAUUUUCCAGAUUUUUUUAUGGCAAAGAAAGCUCUAAAAACAUGAAAUAAGUCAAAAUUCUUAAAACAUUCUAACAUUCUAGUCUUUGUGACGUGAACUACAGGAUUAUUUCUCUAUUAAGAACUUUUCUUGAUAAGAUUAUGUUUCUUGCAAAACAACAAUGGUCUUUUUACUUUCCCAGGAUUCAGCUUUUAGGACAAACAUGCUGCAUUAAUCCUUUGUCAUUAAGUCCAAUAGGAUGGAAGUGUGUUUUUGGUUUACUCUGAGGAUUCAGGAUCAGGGUUGACUUCCUCUGACCAAAAACAUGAGCUCAUCAGAGCCACUCUGUGAUUGUAGAGGAAGAGCAACACCUGCCUCGACUCAGGCAGCCGGUUUCCUGUCCUGUAUUUUAUUACCAAUAACAGGACUAAUCAAAGACGGAUGGAGGAGGAAACUCUCUUGUGCAGCAUGACUUGAUAAUCUGGUGCAAAUACAUUUAUGUCAAUAUUUUUGAGCAAUAAAAUGUGUGUUUUUUAAGAACUUUUCCC